GUUUUUAGUCUCGCUAAGUGUAGGUACCUUGACGGACUUCGCAUGCUACUGGGGGAAAGCACUAAUGUGUAUUUGUGUGUACAUUAGCACGGGUUAAGAAGUUAUUUUGUGAAUAUUAACAUGGUUGGAAAGAUAAAACAUGUCCGUCAGAAGCUUCACCAGGAGGCGGUGAAGCCUGACAGGGCGAACAGCCUCACACAUCCGCCCUUAGUGCCCCAGACUUUGGAGAAGGCACCGAAACCUGUCCCGGAUCCACACAAAACAACCAGUCCGCUGCUGGAAAGUAAGAGGAAUGACGGCUCAAAGGAUAAUAAACAGACACAGAUGCAGAGUUCCUUCCCCACUGGGAUCUUUGCGGGCACGAAAAUCACCGCCGAGGCGCUGGUGCAGACGUUGAAGUUUGAGGAGCCUCCAGAUGUGGCGAUACUGGCAAAAAAAGGCCCAGAGGAGAAGAAAGUCAAGUCAAAGAAAGAGAAGAUGAAGGAGAGGAGAGAGCGCUGGCUGAACAAGAUCAGCUCCAUCAAGCAGGCGAGGGAGCAGCAGGUGGCCCAGGCCCGGAGGCAGGCCAUGCCCGUGGUGGGUGACAUGAGGCCCCUGGCCGACGCCUUACCCGAGCUCUCCCAGCUCAUGGGCCCCACCGCCACGCCCUCCACGUCACGCCGCAAGAACCGCAAAAACACAGCGCCGGUGAAGAAGAAGCCCGAGCCGACCGAUUUCAGCCUGAUGAAACAGUCACAGAAACGCAAACUCCUGGAAACGGAGACCAGCCGGUUUAGCGACGCCGUAAAGAGCCUCGCCGCCAAGACGAAUCCCCUGGCCGACAUCGGCGAGCAGCUGAGGAAGAGGAUGAGGCAGGAGGAAGAGCAGGACCCCAGCUAACACCGGCAGCAGGACUUAGUGAGACCGCGAGGCUCCUAGAGACUGAACCAAGCCCCGCUCCGUACUACUGUCCAUGAUUUGAACGGGGGAAACCUCCACCCGGUCCACUCUUGCUUUACAGGGACGGGACCCAGUAAUUUGCACCCCUUUCACCCGUCUCAACCUGGCGGAGAGACGCACCGUUUGACGUGUGACGCUCCACGAUCCCAGACCGCAGCAUCAUGGGAGAAAGGUGCAACGAGUGGCCGUGUAAAAACAGUAGAUGUGGAAAGUGUGCUUGGGCUUUUCGUCUUUUUUUUUUUUUUUUUUUUUUGUAGUAAAAGCUUACAAAUGCCGAGGAGGUCUAUCACAUGAGAUAUCCGAGGCAACAUUAAAUUGUGCUAUAUUCA